GCGGGGCCGAGGUGGCGGCGGCCCCCGCCGGGCGGCUCCUGAGGCGGGAGCUGCGGCUGCUCGAGUCCAUCUUUCACCGCGGCCACGAGCGGUUCCGCAUCGGCAGCGCCUGCCCGGACGAGAUCAGCUGCGAGUUCGUCCCGGGGGCCGGGGCCCGCGCCGGCGCCUCUGCCUCCCGGGGGCCGCCGCCGGGACCCGUCCGUAUUCACUGCAACAUCACGGUGAGGCCCGGGGGGCGGCGGGCCCGGGCUCUGCGGGGCACCGCGAGGCGGCCCCGGGACCGAGCGGCUGCUCCUUCGCGGGGACGGGGCUGUCGCCGUUGGGGCCCGGGGUGAGCCGGGCCUGUGCCCCAACGUCCCUGCGCUGGCUGCGGCGGGCGGCUGCCCCCGUCCCCCCGCGGGAGCGCCCCGCCGGCCGCGCGAGCUCCUCGGGGCCGCGGCUCACGCAGAGAACGGCCGGGGCGCAGUGCCCGGCGGCGCUCCCGCCGCCCCGGUGUGCGAGAGCAGGCCGUUCCCCGUGGUGUUUGGAACCCCCAGCCCUGUCCCGCUGCUCGUGCCCAGGCGUGGAGCCCCUGAGGCCGCCCUCGUUCUCCCUGCUUCCCCCGGGUUUGUUUCGGAGGGUUUCCCGGCGGGCCCUGAUCUCCCCGGAGAGGAGACACCUGCGGAUUCAGCGUCACCCUGCUCUGGUUCAUCCGCACCGGUGUUUUAGGGAUCCCGGUGCUGGAUGGCUCGGUGCCGGUGUGCUGAUGCCCUCUUUGGUCACGAGUUCCAGCUGGUUUGUGUCUCCAGACGAGGAGGGCUAGCAGAGCUUGGACAGCCCCAUGUGUAGAUUCUCAAUGGGACUAAUGACCAGGAUUUUCUGGAGGGGCAUGUUGGGAGUGUUGCCAGAGGCCUUGUCCUGGAUUAAAGGAGUCUUAUCCAGCUGUUCCCCCAAUCUGGUCUGUGGAGUCAGAUGAUCCCAACCUGGCAGCUAUCCUGGAGAGGCUGGUGGAAGUCAGGAAAGGAAACACCUUGCUUUUGCAGCACCUGAAGCGAAUCAUCUCUGACCUGUGCAAACUCUACAACCUCCCCCAACAUCCAGAUGUUGAAAUGUUGGACCAGCCUCUGCCGGCAGAACAGAGCACCCAGGAAGAGGUGUCCUCUGAAGAGGAAGAUGAAGAGAUGCCAGAGGACACUGAGGACUUGGACCACUAUGAGAUGAAAGAGGAAGAGCCGGCAGAUGGGAGAAAGACGGAGGAUGAAGGCAUUGGGAAAGAAAACCUGGCCAUUUUAGAGAAAAUAAAAAAGAACCAGAGGCAAGAUUACUUAAAUGGUGCAGUGUCUGGGUCUGUGCAGGCCACUGACCGGCUAAUGAAGGAGCUCAGGGAUAUUUACCGAUCACCAAGUUUCAAGGGCGGAUACUAUGCAGUUGAACUAGUGAAUGACAGCCUGUACGAUUGGAACGUCAAACUCCUGAAGGUUGACGAGGACAGCGCUUUGCACAACGAUCUUCAAAUCCUCAAAGAGAAAGAAGGAACAGAUUUCAUCCUCCUCAACUUCUCUUUUAAAGAUAACUUUCCUUUUGAUCCACCAUUUGUAAGGGUUGUAUCCCCGGUGCUGUCAGGGGGGUAUGUUUUGGGUGGUGGUGCCAUCUGCAUGGAGCUGCUUACGAAACAGGGCUGGAGUAGUGCCUACUCCAUCGAGUCGGUGAUCAUGCAGAUCAGUGCAACGCUGGUGAAAGGGAAGGCACGAGUACAAUUUGGAGCCAACAAGAACCAGUAUAGCCUGACAAGAGCACAGCAGUCCUACAAGUCCCUGGUUCAGAUCCAUGAGAAGAAUGGCUGGUAUACACCACCCAAGGAGGAUGGCUAGUGUGGAUGCUGCAGGACCAAUCUGAAUAUCUUCUGGAUGCUCUACUUGGAUCUUAGUGAUGCCUCUUGGCUUUCUCCCAGGAUGUAAUAGCUCUGCCUGUUGCAGGACAAUACUGGCUGUUCAAAACUCUAAAUAACUGUUUAAGGAGUUGGACUGACCCAGAACACUUGCUGGGCCCAUGCUAGCAGGCAUUCUUAUUAAAACAAACUCUUGAGCCUCUUGUAUUGCUGGAAACUUUUGACUCUACUCCAGUCUAGAGCAUCCUCCUUACCUAUGCUAUGGAUUUAAUUUAUUUUCUUAUUUCAUGUACACUGCUUUUUUUUGUUACGGUGUAUGAUGGAUGUGUAUGGAAAAUGUAUCUUUGGAGAAAAAUUACAGUUUGUUAAUUUGA